CCACCAUUUCAAGAUCUGCGGGGGCAGGAGAGGGCCCGGAACUCCACUUCCCGGCAGGCAGUGCUGCCGGAGGGGCGGAACUCCGUUUCCCAGCAGGCUCCAGGCGGCGGGCGCCGCGGUGCCUUGUGUGGGAUGUAAGCGCGGAGGUGGGCGCGGGGGACCCAGGCCAGGACUCUCCUUGGGAUUUGGGGGGCUUGGCGUAGGAGCGCCUGCCCGACCGACUCUAGGGGCCUGGGGCCGAGGCCCGCCGCCAUGGGGCUGAAGGCCGCCCAGAAGACGCUGUUCCCGCUGCGCUCCAUCGACGACGUGGUGCGCCUGUUCGCUGCCGAGCUGGGCCGAGAGGAACCGGACCUGGUGCUCCUCUCCUUGGUCCUGGGCUUCGUGGAGCACUUCCUCGCUGUCAACCGCGUCAUCCCUACCAACGUGCCCGAGCUCACCUUCCAGCCCAGUCCCGCGCCCGACCCUCCUGGUGGCCUCACCUACUUCCCCGUGGCCGACCUCUCCAUCAUCGCCGCGCUCUAUGCCCGCUUCACCGCCCAGAUCCGCGGCGCCGUCGACCUGUCUCUCUACCCUCGAGAGGGGGGCGUCUCCAGCCGCGAGCUGGUCAAGAAGGUCUCGGAUGUCAUCUGGAACAGCCUCAGCCGUUCCUACUUCAAGGAUCGGGCGCACAUCCAAUCCCUCUUCAGCUUCAUCACAGGCACCAAACUGGACAGCUCUGGUGUGGCCUUUGCUGUGGUGGGGGCCUGCCAGGCUCUGGGUCUCCGGGAUGUCCACCUGGCCCUGUCUGAGGACCACGCCUGGGUAGUGUUUGGGCCCAAUGGAGAGCAGACAGCUGAGGUCACUUGGCAUGGCAAGGGCAAUGAGGACCGCAGGGGCCAGACUGUCAACGCGGGUGUGGCUGAGCGGAGCUGGCUGUACCUGAAAGGAUCGUACAUGCGCUGUGACCGCAAGAUGGAGGUGGCGUUCAUGGUGUGCGCCAUCAACCCUUCCAUUGACCUGCACACGGAUUCUCUGGAGCUGCUGCAGCUGCAGCAGAAGCUGCUCUGGCUGCUCUAUGACCUGGGACAUCUGGAAAGGUACCCCAUGGCGCUGGGGAACCUGGCAGAUCUGGAGGAGCUGGAGCCAACCCCUGGCCGGCCAGACCCACUCACGCUCUACCACAAGGGCAUUGCCUCAGCCAAGACCUACUACCGGGAUGAGCACAUCUACCCCUACAUGUACCUGGCUGGCUACCACUGUCGCAACCGCAAUGUGCGCGAAGCCCUGCAGGCUUGGGCCGACACGGCCACUGUCAUCCAGGACUACAACUACUGCCGGGAAGAUGAGGAGAUCUACAAGGAGUUCUUUGAAGUGGCCAACGAUGUCAUUCCCAACCUGCUGAAGGAGGCGGCCAGCCUGCUGGAGGCCGGCGAGGAGCGGCCGGGGGAGCAGACCCAGGGCACGCAGAGCCAGGGGUCUGCCCUCCAGGACCCAGAGUGCUUCGCCCACCUGCUUCGAUUCUACGACGGCAUCUGCAAAUGGGAAGAGGGCAGCCCCACGCCCGUGCUGCAUGUGGGCUGGGCCACCUUCCUUGUGCAGUCCCUAGGCCGUUUUGAGGGACAGGUGCGGCAGAAGGUGCGCAUCGUGAGCCGCGAGGCCGAGACGGCCGAGGCGGAGGAGCCGUGGGGCGAGGAAGCCCGGGAAGGCCGGCGGCGGGGUCCGCGGCGGGAGUCCAAGCCCGAGGAGCCGCCGCCGCCUAAGAAGCCGGCGCUGGACAAGGGCCCGGGCGCGGGCCAGGGCGCGGUGCCCGGCCCCCCCCGGAAGCCCCCAGGGACCGUCCCAGGCACUACCCGCGGCCCCGAAGGCGGCAGCGCCGUCCCGGCGCCAACGCCCGCCGCGUCGCCGCCACCGGAGGGGCCGGUGCUCACUUUCCAGAGCGAGAAGAUGAAGGGCAUGAAGGAGCUGCUGGUGGCCACCAAGAUCAACUCGAGCGCCAUCAAGCUGCAGCUGACGGCGCAAUCGCAAGUGCAGAUGAAGAAGCAGAAGGUGUCUACACCUAGCGACUACACGCUUUCCUUCCUCAAACGGCAGCGCAAGGGCCUCUGAACUACCCCGGACUCCCUAUCGGCCCACGGGGAGCCCGCCCCCAACCGGGGUGGAGGCUCCGCCCCAGCUCCCGCGAGCCCAGGCUCCGCCCCCUGCCCGGGCCCAGGAGGCCCCAACCCCACCCGGAACCGAGGCUGCGGGGCUGCGGGGCUGCGGGUCCGGGAGACCUAGGGCUCUGCCCCGUCAUCGAAAUAUACGUCCCAUCCCCCAGCAUCCCAGCCGGCCAAUGGGAACCUCACCCCGGGCCCCAUCACCAGUCUUUAAAGGUCCAACCACGGGAAUCAGGCUCAGCUCAGAACCGCUCUACCCGGCGGCCUGGCCAGUGCUGCUCAGGGUUGCUCUCACCCCUGGUCCGGGAAGCCCCCCCGCCCCCGCUCAGCCCCCAGGAGUACAUUUUCGCUCUUCAGAAUUUCAUCCCUGGGAUUCCAAGCACCCUACCCGCAAGAAUUUAAGGAACGCUUCCAGAAUUUGGAAAUCCUAGCCUCCUCUCCCCCGAGCCCGGGGCACGAAGCUCCGCCCCUGGCCUGUGUGACCUCUGAGCCCGCCCCCUUCCUGACCAAACUGGCCCCAGAUCAGAGCGACCUCUUUGCCGACCCUCUGGGAACCUCCCGGAGGUCCAGCCCGUCUCGGGGGACCCGGGAGGAAAUCUGCAGGGGUUUGCGAGUGGGUGAGGGGAGCCUGAUCGCUUCCUGUUUUGUACAUAGAUUUAUUUUUCAGUUUCAAGGAAGAUGAAUACAUUUUGUAGAAAAAAAAAAA